CGUGCCGAUCGUGCUGCAUGCCGGUGGUGCCUCCGGAUCCUUAAGCUCCACAGUCUGUGAGCUGCUGUGUGCUGCAGCAAACUUCUUUACGUUUCCCCAUAGCAUUUGUAGUGUGUGAAGAGAGUGGUGUUCUGGUCGACUCUCUCGCGAUCUAACUCCGAUUCUUCCAGAUUGCCGGGUUUUUUUUUAUCCAUCCAUCGCGUGUGUUGGCGUUGGCGCUGUGAAGGAGCCGCGAGUGGCGUAAUGGUCCAGUGAUAAGGCACGCACGAGUCAUUUGGCAGAUUGGUGUGUGGCGCGUUUGUGGCAAGAAGCAGUGACAAAGCAAACAAAUUGCGGCGAAGAAAAGGGGUAAAGCGUGUUGAAAAGUGUUGACACUAGUGUUUGAUCGAGAACGAUCGGUUUCGAUAUGGGCGAGCGAGCGCCGGCGAUGUUGCUGCUGCUGCUGCUGGCAACAUUAGCGCUUGCCGGGAGAAGCGGUGGAGAGACCAUCGCCAUCGAGCAGAUACUGUCGCUGUGCUGCCAGGAGGGCGAAGAGUGGGGUAUCCAGAACCGAUUAUGCUCGAGCUACAACAAAUCGCUCGAGCUGGUACCGGCCGGUCUGCACGGCCUUUGCCUGUCGACCAUCGAGAUCUGCUGUUCGAAGCAGCACAAGAUCUACCAGUGUACCGCCGGUCAGAUAGCGGCCAAGCAGGGCCUUAGCUGCUCGCUGAAGGGGGACCAUUCCGGGUCCGAGUUUUACACGGAUUGCUGUGAAGCCUGCAAGAUUGGGCUGGUGGUCGGCUCGAGUGGCAAUAAGUGUUCGGUCGAACCGUUCGCCUUCGGUAGCCCCUGGGACGAGAUCUACGAUGGAUGCUGCAACGACAUCAAGAGUGAAGGUGAAGUCAUACUGCUCGGCGGUCAUGAUGAGCGUGGCUUAUGCGAGCAGUUUCCAACGAUUUGUUCGCAGGUGUGCGAAAACCUGGAGGGUGGUUCGUACGCGUGCAAAUGCCACCCGGGGUACGAGCUGCAGGAUGACCGGAAGACCUGUUUGCCCCUUUCCGACGAGGACAAUGAAGCACUGGAGCCUCCCAAUAGCUGCACCAAGGGUUACCGCCGUAAUAUGCGCACGGGUCAUUGCGAGGACGUGAACGAGUGCGAGACGGGCGAGGCGACGUGCGACGUGCAGAGUCAGGUUUGUCGGAACACUCGCGGUAGCUUCCAGUGCAUCGAUGUGCUGGCCCCGGUUAUCGACUGUGAGGCCGGUUAUCAGCCCAAGAAUGGCAAAUGUGAAGAUAUAAACGAAUGCCUCGAGCUGCUUGAUGUGUGCGACCGGGAGCGGGAACACUGUCUCAACGGACGUGGCAACUAUACCUGCCUUCCCAAGGCGGUUACAAAGUGUCAGCCCGGCUUCAGCUACAACGCGAGCCUGAGCAUAUGCGAAGACAUCAACGAGUGUGAGGAAGAUGGCGCCUGUGAUGAGGGGUACCGGUGCGUAAACAUUCGUGGAUCCUACGAGUGCAUUGCUCCAGUGACGAAUUAUCCAAUCGCUCCAACGAGAAAGAAGGUUGAACAGUGCUCUCCAGGAUUUCGACGUCAUAAUGAACAGUGUGUGGAUAUUGAUGAGUGUGCUGCCGAUAAGAACGCCUGCGAUAGCAAUCAGGUCUGCACGAACGAAAUCGGUGGGUUCAGGUGUGACUGUAAAAUUGGAUUCAUCCUGGAUGCUGUGACGAACGCGUGUGUCGACAUCAACGAGUGUCAGGUUAAUGCGCACGAGUGCCUCGAAACGCAACGCUGUGACAAUACGAUCGGAUCCUACACCUGCAUUCGGUUGCAAAGUUGUGGCACCGGAUACACCCUAAAUGCGGAAACCGGAAACUGUGACGAUGAUGAUGAGUGUGCCCUGGGACGACACAAUUGUCGGCCACCGUUCGAGUGUUUCAACACCAAAGGUUCUUUCCGGUGUCGCCAACGGUCCCGCUAUUUACCGGCACACACGUCGACCAGCACCUCUACCACGACCAGCACGACGACAGCGAGACCGUAUCGCUACGGUCACAGCAAUGAUCCGUACUCUGAAUCACGCUACACAUCCUACAACCCUCAGCUACCGCCGUGUGGCAUUGGGUUCGAGCGGAAUAGCUUAGGAGCUUGUGUCGACAUUAACGAGUGUUUGGACGACCGAAAAUGCUACCGGCACCAACAGUGCAUCAACACGAAUGGAUCGUACCGGUGCAAGGAUCUGCUGACCUGUCCCGUAGGCUUCCGAGCAAAUGAGGCCGCCACCGAGUGUUUAGAUAUCGAUGAGUGUGCGGAAGGGAUGGCACAAUGUGGACCGGAUCAGACGUGCAAGAACAAGCAGGGCGGCUAUAUCUGCCAAUGCCCACCCGGGCACAUUAUUGGUCAGAAUCAGCGCUGCGAAGAUGUGGACGAGUGCUCGAUGCACGGUACCAAGGUUUGUCAUCAUAACUCGCACUGCAUCAACACGAUCGGUUCGUUCCGGUGCGAGUGUAAGGAGGGUUUCAAGAAGCAAGGCUCGAGCGAUCUCAUCUGUACGGAUGUGGACGAGUGCACUGAGAUACCGGGACUGUGCCAUCAGCGAUGCCUUAACUACUGGGGCUCGUAUCGGUGUGGUUGUAAUCCGGGUUACCGGCUAAGCUACAAUAACCGCACGUGCGACGAUCUGGACGAGUGCGAGGAGUACAAAUCGACCAACCUGUGCGUCGGUUACUGCGAGAACACACCCGGAUCGUAUGCCUGCCGUUGUCCAAAGGGCUAUAAGUUGGGUGCGGAUGGUAGAAGCUGUAUCGACAUUGACGAGUGCCGAACGGACCAGGUGUGCAAUGGGCGCCACGAGGUGUGCACCAACAUCGGCGGAAGCUAUCGCUGCACGCGUAUCGAAUGUCCCUACGGCUACCGGCACGAUGUAGACCGACGCAACCGCUGCGAGCGUACCAUUCGCUUCUGCCAAACGACCGAUCUCGAGUGUCUGCGCACGCCACACUCCUACUCGUACAACUUCUUGACGAUUGUGUCCAACAUUCCGGUACCGCCCGAAGGUCGCGGUUUGUUCACGCUCACCGGUCCGCCCCAGUACGAGAUGAUUGACUUCGAUCUGAAGCUCGUUUCGGUGGAUGCCGCCCCGCACGUCCGACCGGUGGAUAUCCAUUACUUUAGUCUGGACAAGAAGACGAACGAAGCUCAGGUCAACCUACGCAAAAGCAUCGAAGGUCCGCAGGAUAUCGAGCUCGACUUUAGUAUAACGGUGUUCCAGAAUGGGCAACUGCACGGUACCAACGUGGCCAAGCUGUUCCUGAUGAUAUCGGCCUACGAGUACUAGGUGGUAUGUGGUGUUUGCCGCCUUGUUUAUCGCCUUGUUUUAGCGUUUUGAGGCUAGCUUAUCCAGUGCCUAGGACUUCUGCUUAAACAUAUUGUAAGCUUUCCAAAAAUGUCGAUUGGUUGGCGUAAGUUUAAUAACUAGAUAUCCCUAUAAAAGAUAUAGGUCGUCCCAAAAUAAGAAACUAUCGAGGCGAAAAAGGAAAUAAAAAGAUGCCGCAUC